AUGAACAGUACAUGUAUUGAAGAACAGCAUGACCUGGACCACUAUCUGUUUCCAGUCAUUUACAUCUUCGUGUUCAUAACCAGCAUUCCAGCCAAUAUUGGAUCUCUGUGUGUGUCUUUUCUACAAGCAAAGAAGUCCAAUGAACUAGGGAUAUACCUUUUCAGCUUAUCACUCUCAGAUCUGCUGUAUGCAUUAACGCUUCCCCUGUGGAUAGAUUACACCUGGAACAGAGACAACUGGACUUACUCCAAAGCCCUGUGCAAAGUGAGCGCCUUCUUGAUGUACGUCAACUUUUACAGCAGCACAGCUUUCCUCACCUGCAUCGCUCUGGAUCGCUACCUGGCAGUUGUCUACCCACUGAAGUAUUCUUUCCUCAGGACCAGGAGAUGUGCCUUCCUGAUCAGCCUCUCAAUUUGGGCCUUGGAAACAGUCUUCAAUGCGGUCAUGCUGUGGGAAGAAGAAACCAGUGUUGAGUACUGUUACAACAAUAAGUCCAAUUUUACCCUCUGCUAUGACAAAUACCCUCUGGAAGAGUGGCAGAUUCGUCUCAACUUGUUUAGGACGUGUGCCGGCUAUGCAAUCCCUUUGGUCAUUAUCCUGUUUUGCAACCAGAAAGUCUACAAAGCGGUGAGGCACAAUCAGGCCACAGAAGACAAGGAAAAGAAGAGAAUUUUAAAACUCCUGGUGAUCAUUACACUGACUUUUAUCUUGUGCUUUACUCCCUUCCACGUUAUGGUGCUGGUUCGCAGUGUUUUGGAGCGUAAUGUGAGCUUUCAAGAUCCAUUUGCCCAAAGGUCUGGGAAGCAGACUUACAAAAUUUAUCGAAUCACAGUUGCUCUGACAAGUUUAAAUUGUGUCGCUGAUCCAAUUCUGUACUGUUUUUUAACUGAAACGGGGAGAUCGGAUCUGUGGAACGUACUAAAAUUCUGUAGCAGGAAACUUAAUAAAUCACAAAGCCAAAGAAAAAGUAUACUUUCCAUGUCUACAAAAGAUACUAUGGAACUGGAGGUCCUGGAAUAG